AUGACUGCAGUGUUUGAAACUAUGAUGUGCGUAAAUAUGGACUGUUUCUCUUCCUCUUUAAUGAUUCAAGCUGGACUUCAAUGUGAUAUGAUGUGUAAUACGUUGAAGAAUUUGGAAAAAUUCAAAGUUAAUGACGAUGGUGGAAUGGUGGAAUCAGAUGCUCAAGAUGAAGACACAGAAGCUUAUUCUAAUCGACUUUUAAAGAAUUUGAUUUACUGCGUUAAACACCAUAUAGAAAUUAAAAAGUGGGCUAAAGAUAUACAAGACAUCCACUCUAUCAGUAUCUGUUUUCAGUUUGGUAUUGGUAGUAUGGUUCUGUGCGCCUCUUUAUUUGAAUUGUCAAUGGUGAACCCGUUGAGCACAAAAUUUAUUUUGUUGUCAAAUUAUUAUUUGGCAAUUCUCACAGAAAUAUUUUUGUAUUGUUGGUUUGGUAACGAACUCAACUAUAAGUUCUCAGCUUUAUCAUUCAGUCUACGAAUGUCAAUGGAUGGACUUAUCGCAGAAGAUAAUUUUAAGUCAGUUUUAAAGAUGCCUUCUACAGAUCUGACCAUAAUUAUGGCUCCGCACGUUUUGAUUUUUAAAUUAUACGGAUUUUGGAAACCCGAAACUGUUUCAUCGGUUCUGAGGAAGAUUUUCUUUUCAUCUUGCUGGUUGUGCUUUUGGUUUACUCAAGUUAUGUUUCUUUUAACAAAUUUGAAUGACAUAAAGAAAGUGACGUCGGUUUCUUACGCAGUUCUUACUUUCACCAUCAAUCUUGUUAAAAUGGUGUUUAUAUACAAAAAUAUUUAUAAAAUUUUGGAUAUGAUGGCACUUCUAAAUACGGAACCGUUUCGCGCUAAAUGUAGAGAACACGAAGAGAUAUUCGAAAGCACUAAAAGUUAUUACUCGAAAGUGUGGUAUUUUUGUGUAUUUAUAGGACUCGGUGUUGACUUGUUUUGGGCAAUUUCUCCAUUGAGUAUGGACACGGCAAUACCAUUUCAUGCUUGGUUUCCAUUUAAUUAUGAAGGCACGGAAUAUUUUAAAUUUGUGUAUGGUUUUCAAGCUAUGACAGGAACGAUUGACACUAUGAUGUGCGUAAAUAUGGACUGUUUCUCAUCAACUUUAUUGGUUCAGGGCGGAAUUCAAUGUGAUAUGAUGUGUAAUACGUUAAAGAAUUUGCAAAAAUUCAAAGUUAAUGACGACGGAGAAAUGGUGGAAUCAGAUGCUCAAGAUGAAGACAGAGAAGCUUAUUCUGAUCGACUUUUAAAUAAUUUGAUUUAUUGCGUUAAACACCAUAUAGAAAUUAAAAAGUGGGCUAAAGAUAUACAAGACAUCCACUCAAUCAGUAUCUGUUUUCAGUUUGGUAUUGGUAGUAUGGUUUUGUGUGCCUCUUUGUUUGAAUUGUCAAUGGUGAACCCGUUGAGCACAAAAUUUAUUUUGUUGUUAAAUUAUUAUUUGGCAAUUCUCACAGAAAUAUUUUUGUAUUGUUGGUUUGGUAAUGAAUUCAAUGAUAAGAGUUCUCAGCUUUAUCAUUCAGUCUACGAAUGUCAAUGGAUGGACUGUAACAUAAAAUUUAAGAAAGCUAUGCUAAUAUUUAUGAUGGGUACAGAAAAACCCAUCACUGUUUAUGUGGGAGGAUUGUUUCCUAUGUCCCUUCCAAUCUACGUGGCGAUUUUACGUUCCUCUUAUUCAUACUUUACACUUCUUCAAAAUGUGUUUCUUAAGUAAUUGUUAGAAGAAGUACAACUGAAUGGUGGAGGCUAGAUUUAUAAAAUUAAUUAGAAAUCAUGUUAAAUAAUUAAUAUAAAUAUUUCAUUAUAAGGUACACUUAAAUUUUUGGAAAUGUAGUUUAAGAUUUUCUUCACACCUUAAAAUCGUAGACAAUGUUAAUUAAUUAAUUGACCAUGUAUAUAAAAAUUUAGUUUCAGAUUCUCUUUACACAUCCUUACAAUGUAUUGACACUAAUUAAUUAUGAUAAAUAAUUCACUUAAUACUUGUGCAAUUUGAUUGUGGAAACAAUUAUAAAUAAAUUGUUAAA